AUGACUGACUUGUUAGCCCACGUAGUGCAAUACCAGGGCCAACAUCUUGUCCAGCAACCUGGGAACCCUGGCAAUCCCGUUGAAAGUGAGGAUCGAGCCCUCGAGAGAUUUCAAAAGUUCUCUUCACCAAAAUUCCUGAGAGGGCCAGAUUCGAACGUGGCCGAAAGGUGGUUGGAGAAAAUGAUAGACAUCUUUGCUGCCCUACACUAUUCAGAGGAAAGACAGGUUACUUUUGCUGUCUUCCAGUGGGAAGGGGCCGUCCGUUCUUGGUGGAACGUGAUACGAAUGAAGUGGGACCGGGAGCAAAUACCAAGAACAUGGGUGAACUUCAUGUUGGAGUUCAACGCGAAAUACUUUCCAUCUCUAGUCCAAGAAAAGAAGGAGGAUGAGUUCAUUAGGCUCUAUCAGGGGACUCAAACGGUGGCUGAUGAAGCCGUGGAGAAAGCUUUGCGAGUUGAAAAUGCAAGGCUUCAAGUUAGGAACUUCCAGGUGAAAAAACAGGGAUUUUCUGCGAGUAGUUCGACUCAAGGGGAUAAAAGUAGCCCUCUCAAGUUUGGAAGGAGAGCCGGAGGAGGAAGGCUACAGGGAAUGGCACGAAGAACUCCGCCAAGAGGUGGUCAAACUGGACGAAGCCAACAGAGAAGUGCCUCAAAGGGGAGCUCAGCCUCGGUUUCUCAUGGUCCUUGUGGAUUUUGUGGGAAACCAAACCACACCGAGGACAACUGUUGGAGGAAGGAAAGAAAAUGCUUAAGCUGUGGGAGUACAGAACAUCAAAUAGCCAACUGUCCGAUGUUACCUCGGGAGGCGAGAGUAACUACCCAAUCAUCGAAGGCCAACUCGGGGCAGUCCAAGGUGGAAGGGAAAAAUCCGAAGGUGCCAACUCGGGUGUACUCCCUUGAGCCACAUCAAGUUCCGGAUUCCUUAGAGGUGGCGGAAGGUACGAUUCCUGUCUUCCACCGUCUCGCUAGGAUUUUGAUAGACCCCGGUGCUACCCAUUCCUUCGUUAACCCCGAAUUCAGGUGUGGAAUUGAGAUACAACCUGUUAGCCUGCCUUAUGAUUUGGAAGUUAGUACUCCUACGAGGGAUAAAUGUUUGAUCACUAGUAUGAUGUAUGCAAACUGUGAAAUCUGA